AUGGAACCAGAGCGCUAUAUAAGCAAAUUAAAUAUAAAAUUGCCUCUAGCGCCCUCUGGUGUCACUCUAUUGAACUAUGAUGUCUUAAAGAAAGUUGCAAAAAGUUCUAAGGAACAUUUUUCCCAAAGACACUUUAUACCUAAACCUUACAGUUUAGAUACAAAACAAGAAGAGCAAACACACUGA